AUGUCAGCGAACGAAAUUACCCCCGUCCGAAGCGGGAUCCCUCCCCUCCUAAAUUGUCCAUUCGAGAUUAGGCUGAUGAUCUACCGGCACUUAAUUCCAUCAAUCGACCCUUCAGCAGACUUCGACUGGACAUCGGCUUGGGAUCCAAACCACCCAAAAUCUCGCUGUGAAGAGCACAAACUGUACUCGCCGCCUAUCCUUCACACGAAUCAAAUGAUCUAUCGAGAAGUUUUGAACGAACUCUACUGUUUCUUGCCUUAUCGGUCGUCAAUCAGCAACUACGGUAUACGAUUCUUGGGCUACACAUUCAUACAGCCACCACCAGCUUUCCAGUAUAUCCACACUCUGGAUCUCAUGAUUCAAAUCAACAGCUUCUCUCAUUCAAAGAUUGCGAAUAUCUUGAAAUCAUGCGUGGAGACCACCUGCGCGAAUGGUCAAUUACGUCGAUUACAAAUCGGUCUCUCCUUCAGCUUGCAAUGUUUCCAAACGAAUAGGGGGAACCCUAGUGAUCUUUGCAAAGUGCUGGAGAAGAAUCUCUACCCGUUGAGGAGGAAUCUUCGGCACUUGAAUCAGUUUGUGGUGAGAACGUUGACGGACGAAGAUAUAUCGAGUCCUAAUCGGAGUGUCUCGGAUUCGUAUCUGGUACAAAGAGAGGAAUUCUUGCAUACGGUUCAAGGAUUCAUGAACCAGAUGACUAGGGAGGUGAUGGGACGUUGUAGUCCUUAG